AGAAAGAUGCCAGUGGGCCAUCAUGAGCACUGCAGCAAGUGUUACAACGCCCACUGUCAAGUCCCAGUGCAGAUUUCCGUCUCAUGCAUGGUCAUCAAGUGUCGUAAAAAUUGUGGCGCUACCCUCCACAUGUGCAAGGAAGAGGAGCACCAGCUUCUCUGUCCAAAUGAGACGGUUCCCUGCCUCAACGCUGACUAUGGCUGUCCUCUCACCAUGCUGCGUCACAGGCUGGCCAAACACCUGGAGGUCUGUCCUGCCAGCGUGGUCAGCUGCUCUCAGGAGUGGAACCGCUGGCCCGUGUCAGAAGCUGAUUUGCCCUUCUACAGAAAUAUUUCCGAAAACCAACAAACUGAACUACAUCUCGAUGCUGCUAUGGCUCUCAGGGACCAAAAGCUGCUAUUUCAAUCCAUCAAAAUGAAGGACAUUUUUCCUGAGUUGAUAGUGGAGGAUGCUGCCCCUCAGGAUAUUGCUGCUGGGGUCAAUGAUCCUGCAGACGAAGCAGCCUGUUCUUUAGAUUGUGGCGAAUUUACAGAAAAUGGCUACACUGGCAUGGGGGAAAGGGAACUGAGUCAAGAGGAGAGAGAUGCAUUGGCAAAAAACAAGGACGUGGAGAGUAUUCAGAGCUACAGCUCUUGGGAGAGAAUAUUCAAGAAAGAGAUGGGCGGAUGCACGCAAACUGUCAAAAACCUGAAUAAGAAGGAAGAAAAAGGAAAGGGAAAGGAAGAGCAAGACUCAUCAAACUGUCAGAGAGAGUCAAGAGACUCCCACCAGGUCCAAGAAAAUGCUGUUGUAGCUUCAAGCAUGAAUGGUGGCCGUGGCCAUGGCCAGGGUGCAACUGGCCUUGCACCAUGGCAAGAUGGAGUCCUUGAGAGAGUAGGCAAAGAGUUAAACAUUGCUGAUUAUAACAUGUAUCUGGUGCACAAUGGAGCAAUGCUAAUUAACUUUGGCCAACUUGCUGCUUGCACCCCGAGAGAAAAAGAUUUUGUAUAUGGGAAUCUGGAGCCAAUAGAGGUUAAAACGAUCCGCUCUUUUAAUGUUCCUACCAGCUAUCGAGCACGACGCAGUUUUCUAAAGGACCCUACACACAAGGCCAAGACCACACACCAAAGUGUUGACACUGCAGAUUUAGGUGUGUCAGUUGAAGAUCUUCCAAAGUGUGACGAGGUUAGUGCCACACUGCUGUGCUGUCUGGAAAAGGAACUGAAAGGUCAUUUAAUCUCAGAGAGUGGGGGGACAGAUGGUCUUUACAUAGAUAUAGGAACACAAACAUACAACUUUGAUUCUGCUCCUUUCAAAAAGGAUGUGUCGCUUUCUGAUGUCGUCGCAGACCAACCUCAUAGUCUUUAUGUACAUAUUGAAGCAAAAUCUGUAACCAGAAGACACAACAAAACAAGUUCAGCCUUCAGCUGCAUGUGUGAUCACUUCUUUCGCCGUGAUGAAUACCGCUCUCAUUUCAGGAAUGUGCACUCGGACAUACAGGCCUGUUUAAACGGCUGGUUUCAACAACGCUGCCCCUUAGCAUACCUUGGAUGCACUUUCACCCAGACAAGGUUUCACCCUGCAGGUUACCAAGCUACAAUCAAAUACUGCCAAGAUGUCAGCACCUUUGUCAUCCAGCCAGAAGUCUCCUCAUCCCUCUGUGAAAGCCGGAAAACCUUCAGCCCUCAGAGAAAUCAUGCACGUAAUCUGGAUCCCCUGAGUAGCUUGCCCCUGGAGAUCCUUCAGCACAUUGCUGGUUACCUUGACAGUUUUACAUUAUCCCAGCUGUCGCAGGUUUCCCAUCUGAUGAGAGAGGUGUGUGCCACAUUGUUGCAGGAGAGAGGGAUGGUCUCUCUCAAAUGGGAAAAAAAGACAUAUUCCCACGGGGGAAGCUCCUGGAAAUGUCGAAAGAAAGUUUGGGAGUUCAGCUCUCUGUUUUCCUCUGUGGACAGAUGGAGCUUCAGCAACAUAGCCUCCUUGUCAGAUCACCUGAAAACUUGCUCCUUCUACCAGAGAGAGGAACGCACUGAGCCAGUGGCUUUAGCCUGCCUGGGAGAGGUCAGAGACAAACGGGGAGAAGUACAGCAUAGAAGAUAA